AUGGCUACCCGACGUCAAAAGACAAAGCCUUCUGAUGGCCCAUCAAUACCCCUUGCCCCUGUUGACCACAACAAAAAGGCGCCCUCAGGCCAGAAAACGUUAUAUGAAAUUGCUGCAGAACGACAGGCCGAACUACUUGCAUCCCAGGGCAAGCAAUCAUCGUUCAAUGAUGGGAAACAACCUCCCAAAAUGCAAUACGUUCAUAUGAAUGCAGACGGCGAAAUCAUCCACUCCCCUCUCCCAGGCACCUCGGAUAUCACACCCUCCACCGCAGAAUCAGAAUCUUCAGAGUCACUGCCACCAAUAGCAGAUACAAUGUUUCUUUCUCUGUCGCUUUCCUGCAUUCACUUCACUCUAUCAUUUCUUGCCGCGCAUCAAUUCGCCCAGGAGAUCGAACUUAAUAGAAUACUUUUUGAAACUUUGGUUGUGGCAUUUCCAGUUAUGACACUUCUCAUCCAUUUCGUCCACGGACACAUAGUUACAUUUCCCAAGAUAUCCUUGCGCUCAUUAUAUCCCGGGUCAGGCAAGAAAACUGCAAGUGAAUCAUCCGGACAACUCACGACAAGAAAGUCUCUGAUACUGGCUUUAUUCCCACCUACUCCUCACAAUAUUAUCUUUUUAACGAUUUCCAUCUUCUUGGGUUCGAGGCUAAUUGCCAUGGCGAAUGAGGCAUCUUACUACGCCGCAAUGAAGAAGACUCCGGCCCUCGGCACCUUAUGGGUAUGGGCAGUUGUGGAAAUGACUGCCGGCUUUUCUGUGUUGGGUCUGGCCGUUCCAGUUAUGUGGGCAGUUUGGUGGAAAGGACAUUCACUUUGGUAA